AUGGAACCUCCAACUACUGGUAAAAUCUCCAUUGAAACCACCAAAGGAAGUUUGGAAAUCGAACUCUGGUGUAAACAGUGCCCUACCACAUGUUUAAAAUUGAUAGAGAAAGUAAGAAAUGGUGAUUUGGUGGGGUUGAAGUUGGUGAAAAAUAGUGAUGUAAGAAUUGCGGUAAAUGUAAAUAGUAAAGAUAAGAAUCCAAGAGUGAUCUUUAAACGAGGAUACGUGGGAGUUGAUGAUGAUCUUGUAUUUGGGAUGGAUGAUGGGUGGAAUGGCUUGGUUAUAGGCAAAUUAGUUGGGGAAAGUAUAUAUGUUUUAGAGAAGAUAGAUGAUGAAUUUGAUUGUGUGGUCAAAUCAUCACUGGUGAUAGUACCUUAUUUUGAUCUCGAGGAUAAGGUGGAAGAAAAGGACAAGGAAGAAGCGAAGGUGAAGAAGGAAAAACCAAAGAAAAGGAAGAUCAAUUUGGGAUACGAAGAGGAGGAUGAUGGGUUUGAGAUGAAGAGUUCAUAUGAGUUAAUGCCUAAAAGGAAGAAGGAGGUGGUGAAGAUAGAGAAUAAGGAAGCGGAAGAAGUCAUACCGACAAUACAGGCAACAAGCGAAACCAAGGAAACGGGAUCAGAAGCCCAAACAGAAACACAAGCACAAUCAGAGGAAGAUAAAUCCAAGGAAGAAGAACCCACAGAGCCAAAAGAACCAGAAAAAAAAGAAGCACAGCCAGGAACAGACACACCCACUCAGUCAAAAGAGUCAAAAGAGUCAGAAAUAAUAGAGCUUUCACAAAUAACAGAGGAAUCGCUCUCAUCUCAUCCUGAUCUCAACUACCCCUUCGAUAAGUACAAAGACAUACCCAUAGACAUCAUCAGAAAUCAUAAGUACCGUAUAUAA